UGCAGCAUCGCCCGUCCAACCACCAAAUACCAAACGAUUCACCCCCUCGAGUAAGAGGUCUUGGCUGAAAACAUGGGGCCAGAUACUGCACUCCCUCUCCCAGCCGAAUUCAGCAAUGUCAACGACUAUAUCGAGUCACUGCUGAAAUUCACCACUUCCUCAUGGCUGCUCCAGACAUUAUGCGGGGGCGUCCAUAUCUUAGACUUUUACACGAGGACACCUGAUCUCUACUCAGCUAUCCUCCCCCAGUCAUGGAGAGAUUGGUUUGAAAUACGAGACAUUAUGGAUAUCUUGGAUCUCCUGAUGCGAGAGGACCUCCAACAGUUCGAUACAAGAGAAGGGGAAAAUGAACAUGUCUGGCGCGACGGGCCACCUCCACCAGAGGAUCUCCUGCAGUACAUAAAAGACGUUCGAAAGCACCUGCUAGCCCGUGAAUUUCCUCCACGCAACUCGGAUCUCAAGCCCGAACCACCUGCCAUAGCACGCAACAUUGCUCUAGGAAUGAAGAUCAAAAAAGUGCACGAAGUCGAUCACUUUGCGCGGUACAUCGAUAGGUUGUCUGCCGAGAUAGCAGCGUCCGGUAAGGAGCCCAUCACGCAUCUUGUAGAUUUUGGCUCAGGGCAGAACUACCUGGGACGUGCGCUUGCUGCUCCACCCUACUCGAAGCAUAUUGUGGCCGUGGAGAGCAAGCAGCACAAUAUUGAAGGCGCGAAAAAUAUGGACAUCCUCGCCAAACUGGUGCCGAAACCGCUCGUUAUGAGGAACAAGAAAGAGUAUCGUGCUAAAACAGGAAAGGGGAAGCAGGGCAAGAAAAAAGAUAGGAGUGGUAUGAGUACGCCGUCAGCAGUGGAGAAUCCUGGGAUCAGUGAAGAGGCGCACGAUCAUACAGAGUGCAAUGAAGAUGGAUGUCCUGCAGUGCCAGUCACCAACCCUCCGACAUCCACACAAUCUGGUCAUGACUCCUCACUCCCAGACCCAUCGCCAGUGGCCGCCGAUAUCCUACAAGACAAGCCCACUACAACAGACACUCCACCAAUCGAGCAAAGUAAACCCUCCACCACAAACCUGCAAAUCUACACAAAAGGCCACGGCAGCGUACAAUACGUCGAGCACAUCAUAAAAGACGGCGACCUAACCCCCGUAAUCGACCAAGUCCUCGACGUGACCCGCAUCCCCGCCGACACAAUCCCCCCGACCUCAUCUCUCACAACCACCCCCUCAAACCUAACCGCCAUCCCCAAGCCCCCCAACGUAAACGCAAUGGUAAUCUCCCUCCACUCAUGCGGCAACCUCGUCCACCACGGCCUGCGCUCUCUAAUCCUAAACCCGCACAUCGCCGCCGUCGCAAUGGUAGGCUGCUGCUACAACCUCGUCACAGAGCGUCUAGGGCCGCCGACCCUCAAGCUCCCCACGCUCCGCCCAAACCACCCCCGCCUACACUCAACCUCCACCGCGCACGACCCGCACGGCUUCCCCAUGUCGGAGCACCUAGCAACCUACCCGCUCCCCACAUCACCACAAGAAACCGGCCUCCGCCUCAACAUAACAGCCCGCAUGAUGGCCGUCCAGGCCCCCUACAACUGGUCCCACACCGACUCCUCCCUCUUCUUCACCCGCCACUUCUACCGCGCCCUCCUACAGCGCAUAUUCCUCGACCGCGGCCUCAUCUCGCCCCCGCACGACGCCGGCGUGUCAGCAAACGGACAUACGUCAAACCUCACCUGGACGCCGCCCGACGGCCUCGGCCCCGGUCUCGCUCCCGACGGCACACCCACACCGCUCACAAUCGGCUCCUUGCGCAAAUUCGCAUACUCUGAUUUCCCAUCCUACGUCCGUGCUGCGACGGCGAAGAUCGCAGCGCCCAACUCGUUUUGCGCGGUUGAUCCGGUGUUUGUGCAGGAGAAGAUGGGCGGGCUGGGAGACGAGGAGGUCAGGGGGUAUGAGCGGCGGUUUGCACACAGGAAGAAGGAGUUGAGUGUGAUGUGGAGUUUGAUGGCGUUUAGCGCGGGGGUGGUGGAGGCGGUUGUUGUUGUGGAUCGGUGGUUGUGGUUGAAGGAGCAAGGGGAGGUGGAGAGGGCGUGGGUAGAGGCUGUGUUUGAGUAUGGGUAUAGUCCGAGGAAUUUGGUGGUUGUUGGGAUCAAGAAAGGCGACUCCCUAGGGUACCUGCCUGCAUGGUUACGGGCCUACCCCCGCCUGCACCUUCCCCAGCUCCCAAAACAAACACCGCGACAGGCCCACUCACCAACCUUUGUUCCCACCACCGCAGCGCCGUCCACUUCUCAUGUUAGUGCUUCAAGGCCCUCCCACUCCCACCCUCACUCUCAUCUUUAUCACGCCCACGGCAACAGUCCACGGACGGAAAUCAUACCCUCCACCGUCGGCUCCUUUACUCGUUUAAGACUAGCGCGGGUUUCAAACACCUGCGUCUCUAGCAUGCCUCGGACUAUGCUUGGCGCUGUUCGUAACCACCCUUGGAAGAAGCCGCUGGACUGGAGCUUGAACACUACUAAUCGCGGCGAGCCUUCGGUCCUCUUCUCACGCUCUGUACAGGCAGAGUCAACGUCAACGUCAGUGUCCUGCAACCCAAUCCCGUUCUUUAUUAGCUUGCCUGUCGAGCUUCAGCUGCGUAUUAUUCACUUUUGUGACCGCGCUACUCUCUUCCAGCUAAUGCACGUGUCAUCCGGCAUACGAGCUGAGGCUGCCAAACUCUUCUGGUCCCAGCCAGAUGCGUGGUACCGCUUUGAGGCUUCUUGGUUACUUCUUGGUGGAUUCCCUGGCACAAAUCACUAUAAUUUUAACUUCCUGCCUUACGUACAGCGGGUUGAGGUUGUAUUCGAAGACGUGGCUAAUCUUUCCUGUUCCUGGAUUCCUAGGCUUUUCGGGGAACCAGCAGUGCCACCUUUGAGCACAGAGGAGAGCAUCCUUGACUUUUGGCAAACCUUACAGUACCGCCUUCCUGCCGCCACCCACGUUGUCGUGAACGACGUAGCAGUCUACAGGGAGCAACAACCACUGUCCCGUGAACUGGAGCUAAUGCUCCAGAUGUGUCCUGCUACCCUUGAUGUUUCUGCGUCUAUACUUCGCUGGCUUGAAGCACAUGAUAUGGUUGAAAGACAUAUGCAUCGACUGCAAGGCGAAGUCACUAGUGUGACAUGGUGGGAGGAAGUCUGUUUAGCUCAGACACAUCAGAGCAUCCUCAUUCCUCCAAAGGAGUUUCGGGGUCCUGUCGGUGCCUAUCAACGCGCCCUCUACACAACCUGCCUCCACGACUACCGGUUUUAUGCAACUCGGUUCCUGCUUAUUGAAGCGCACGAGAGACACCAUUUCCAUCAGCGAUGCGAGCCAUUUAACUGCGACGCUUUAGACUGCAAUGCUCAGUUUAGGCAACCAGGCGAAUACACCCUGCAUGCCAUCCAGACUGGACACGAUGAGAAGGGGCAGGGGGCUGUACCCCCAGAAGAGUUCAAAGCUCAGUUCAAACAGCACCAGGAGAGCUUAGCACGUGCACAGGAGCAGGGCGGCCGUAUAGCUCUAAACCAGAUAUACACAGACCGUGCUAACAAGACACUUGAGCAGCAGCAAUGUGCUGACCAGACUUUUCUCUAUCAGCUACAACACGACCCUCUGUACGCACACGGACAGCCAGUUGCAUUCUGUUCAACCUGGGCUCUGUACUAUGUAUACAUGAUGGAAGAUUAGGGUAGAUGUAGCGAGUGCUGGGAAUACACUACCUACUCUCGCAUUAUACAUCCCUUACCCUACUAUACUUGUCACACUACUGCAGGUAUAUCAUCCUCAGCCGCCGCUUCGUAAUAGCCAUAUGCACAGCUCCCACCACAACGACGAAAAGACUUAGCAGAAGGAGGGCGUUUAGGAAGACAAUGGGCAGGAUGAGGAGCGGGGAAUCUGCGGGGGCGCACAUAUUUGGGACGGGAGAUGAGGAGGAACGAAGGAAACGAAGGAAAGGAGGAAGGGAUGUAAGGGGGAGGGAAGGGAAGGACAGGGAAGGAAUUGUGAAAGCACAACGCACAUGUACUCAGUGCCAUGCGUGCUAGCUGUUGUGAGGAUGCGGUGUGAACGAACAGAAGAGAACAGAACAGGAUAGGUAGUGCGUGUCCGCAGAUGUAGACUGGAAAUGCAAUGCAAUCGCAGAU